AUGAUGAGGAUGUAAAUUCGACUGAGAUUACAAUGACAACUAUCUCAGUAUCUUUAAUACUUACGUGGGUGUAUACUUUUUUUUUCUUCAAAUAAUAUUUUUAUGGUCUGCCUUUGCUGUUGGUUUUUCCUCCAUUUUGUAUAAAACUCAACCAGUUGCUGUUGGUUUUACUGAUAGACAACAAAGGAUUUGAUUGUGACUACUUUAAGUAAUACAUUUUGCAGCAAUAUGUCAAAUAACAGAAGUUAAAAAAUUUCAAUAUCUUUUUAACAAUUAAGCUUUCUAGCAGCCGGCCAGAUAAUUCUAGUUGUUGGAUUCAUGCAUUAGACAUAAUCCUUAUAAGAUCAUCUAUGUUUUUCUCCUACAUAUAACUCAAGGCACUUCAGAAACGGCAGACACUCAUCAAACUACAAAAUUUCUAAGCAUUUCCCAAUGGCCGAGAACUACCCCAUAAAAAGCGAUGGCAAAAAGGGUGUUCAGGAUGCACAAGUGGCAGUGGUUAUGGUGCCACUUUCAGCACAAGGCCAUCUCAACCAGCUUCUCCACCUCUCGAGGCUCAUCACCUCGUAUAAUAUCCCAGUCCAUUAUGUUGGAGCAACCACUCAUAUUCGCCAGGCUAAGUUUCGUGUCCAUGGCUUCGAUCCUGUCACAGCUAAAAAUCUAUAUUUUCAUGAAUUCCCUACACCACCUUUUGAAAAUCCCCCUCCAAAUCCUAAUGCUUCAAAUAAAUUUCCUAACCAAUUAAUCCCUUCAUUUUAUGCAACAAUCCAUCUCCGUGAGCCAGUGUGCUCUCUUGUACGCCAACUACUAGGCGUCAAUCAUCGGAGAGUGAUUGUUAUUUAUGAUUCUAUGAUGAGUUGGGUAGUAGAGGAUGUGCCAGCAAUUCCAAAUGCUGAGUGCUACUGUUUUAAUAGUAUCUCAGCUUUCCAUACGUUUUCAUGCAUCUGGGAAUCCAGAGGAAAACCUUUACAAGCUGGAACAGAAAUAUUUGAGGGCAUUUCAUCAAACAAAAACUGUGCUACCCCAGAGUUAUGGGAAUUAUGGAGGAAACAAGAAGCCCUAAUGAGGAAAGUUAGCUCCGGAGAACUUUACAAUUCAUCUAGAGUAAUUGAAGGUUUAUACCUUGAUUUAGUAGCCAAAGAAAAUGAUGGACUAAACCAAUGGGCUCUUGGUCCAUUCAAUCCGUUGUUGUCUGAGCAGAACAAAAACUCAAAUAAACACCAUCAAACCCUGUAUUGGCUUGACAAACAAGAAACAAACUCGGUAAUAUAUGUGUCUUUUGGAACAACUACUUCCUUGUCGAAUGAAGAAAUUGAAGAACUCGCUGUUGGAUUAGAGAAAAGUAUGCAAAAGUUCAUUUGGGUCCUCAGAGAUGCUGACAAAGGAGAUGUGUUUGCAGGUGAAGAAAGGAGAGCUCAAUUGCCUGAUGGUUAUGAAGAGAGGCUAAAAGGAAGAGGAAUUAUUGUAAGAGAUUGGGCACCUCAGUUGGAAAUUUUGGCACAUCCUUCCACAGGUGGUUUUAUGAGUCAUUGCGGAUGGAAUUCGUGCAUGGAAAGCAUUUCUAUGGGAGUUCCUAUAGCAGCUUGGCCAAUGCAUUCAGAUCAACCAAGGAAUUCUCAGUUAGUAACUAAGUUCCUAAAAAUCGGCCUAAUUGUGAGGCAUUGGGCAUGUCGAGAUGAAUUGGUUACAUCAGAAAUAGUUGAAAAUGCUGUAAGAACUUUGAUGGCUUCACCUGAGGGAGAUGAAAUGAGGAAGAGAGCAUCAGAAUUAAGUAAUGUUGUCAAACAAUCAGUGGUGGAUGGGGGUGUUAACCGUGAGGAGAUGGAUUCUUUUAUCACUCACAUUACUCGAUAAGUUUCCCAUCUAGAUUAAUUUCAUCAAUGGUCAUCGAACUAAGCAUUUAUUGCAUGAAAGUGUGGCUUUGAUGAAGUCAGUUAUGAAAAAUUGGUAAUUCAAUCAUAUUUAGAGGACACUAAUGUAUUUUUCUUUAUAUUUUACUUUCUUCAUUUUGUCUAUGUUCCACCAAAAUCAUAGCUUAUACUUCAACAACCAUCUUUCUCUCUCUCUCUCUGUUUCUCUCUUUGUUGUAGGGUGGCGUCUGGUUGAGUGAGGACUAAUAUAUGUGUAAUAUUAGUUAUCCGUGAAACACAUAAUUUUACUUGUAUUUUUCCUUUACUAAAAUUUUAAAGAGUUUAUUAGCAGGAUAAUAAACUACAACAACAUGGCCGGCCACUAGCUAGGCCAAUAUCCCUGUGAAUCAAAUAUGUGAGAAAUGAGGCAUUCCUCUGUUCUCCUUAACAUUAACUUCAUAGAUCCAAAAUAUACGUAUACUGUAAUAUGUAGUAACAGUUACUCCUUGUUUCAUUUCUCUACGAGGUCCAACUUGAUAUAUUUUGUUGUGAAUCAAGUCGACUUUGUACGGGCUUAUGUGUUAGAAGUAGCGAAUGAGGUUGAUUUGGAUGGGAUAAUUGGGCCGCGUAAAAUAUUAGAGAGUUUUUUUUGGGAUUCAGGCCCAAUUAUCAAUUGGUUAAAUAGGAAUAGGAGUUAGACAAAAAGGUUAUGUGUAUUAUGAAGAAACUGUCUUUUCCUCUCAUUUUCUUUCUAGAGUCUUAACUUCUCAUCCUCAUUCUUAUGUCUAUCUUUAGUUACUUGUUAUUUCAGUACUUCUCUUUGUAAAUCAAGUGUUGUUAUUAUAAUUUGGUUAUCAAUGGAUAUAAGGUUUAUGUAUCUGUAUUGAGAAUUUGGGUUUGUUUCAUAUUCGUUUUUCUUACUCACCAAAGAGCCCAAGUUCAAAUCUUGGCACAUUCUUUUGUCUUUUAUUGAUUUCUCGGUCUUCUAUGCGACUAGCCAAGUAGUCAUAUUCAUUCCUGUUGACACGAAUAGCAACGAAAGAGAAGGAAAUGACAUUUACAGAAGUUGAUUCACAGUUGAAUACUUCAAUCCCAUCAGCUAAUCUAAGCAAGAACCUGGAACUAAAGGAGGAUCUUUAUCCAGCAGUGUAAGUUCUACACUAUGGGCCUUAAUGUGCUCCAUAUCUAUCAAAUUUUCCUCGUAUACCAAACACAUCGAAUACAGGAUUGAACUGAAUCAAACUAACAAAAUUAACAAGUAACUAUGAAUGUGAUUUAGAAAUUAAGUCUA